CACUCUCCGCAGCCGCCUGCCUCCCACACAGCUGCCGGUCAUCACUUGUCCGCCCUCCUCCGGCUAGUCCAAAUCCUGCGGCAGCUCCUUGCCUCACUCGCACGGGCAAGACGAUGGCACCAGGGAAGAGCAUGGUCGGCGGCAAGAACACGCCUUCACGCCCUACGUCGGUCCUUCCAGAUGACGCAGCCUCCUUGGAGAUGCCAGAACAUGAAGACAUGGACUUAAGCUCUCUGAGGGCUCGGAAUAUCAUGAGGAACAAUCAAUUUGCUACUCAGCUCGGUGUCCGUAGACUAGCAGAAUAUAUCCAGAUUUCAGCAAAGAAGAGAGUUGCUACGAAGAGUAUUGGCAAAAAAUCUAAGGCUUUGUUACAGGGGAAACAUGUGGGCAGCAGUAUGUCACCAUCUGGUGAUUGUGUCAAAGGUGGAGCAGGAAGAACAUCCAAGAGAGUGCUUGCACCAGAAAUUCCGGAAGAAACAAUGAGAUGCACUAGGCUAAGGGCUGCGAGACAAGUGUCCACCACGAGUGAACCUGAUUUGUCCGCAAACCAGAAUCAGGGCGACACCAGCAAUACUGAACAAGGCAACCUCACUUUAAGUACAGAAGUGGAGUCAAUGGGAUUGAACACUACUGAACAAGGAACCUGUACUGGUACUAUACAAGUGCGGCCAAGGGGGGAGACCAUGGGCAAAGAGAUUGAUUCCAUAAGUCAUGGUUUAGGGUGUCCGAUACCAAUCAUUAUCAAGAAAGGGAAAAGAAGGCCAGAGGCUCCUAUGCAAGCUGCAAAGCUGGCCUCAGAGAGUGGGACCAUAAUGAGAAAGAAUAUAAAAAUAUAUCCAAAUUGGACAAAGUACUACAAGAACAAUGGUGAGCAGCUUGAGAACUUAAAGGGCAAACUCAAGAUAAAAUUCGACAUUAACACCGACAGCAGCCCUGUAAAAGCUGCAUGUGAAGACAUCCUAAAGGGUGGAGUACGCCAAAUGAGGUAUAGGCUAAAGAAAAAGUACUUUGAUGGCGUACCAGCUAAUCAAGUGAGGACUACAUCGCCAUUGAAGCAUAUGAGUGAUGAAGAAUGGAGACAAUUGGUAGACAUGUGGUCAAGUCCAGAGCACAAGGAUAAAUGUGCCAAAAACCAACUGAAUCGUGAGAAAGUUAAGUAUCAACAGCGUACCGGAUCUCGGUCCUACAUUGCACAAGCCUAUGUCGUGAAGCAAGAAAAAUACAAAGACAGUGAGCCCACUGCAAUUAAUCUAUUUGAGGAAUUCCACUGCAGCAAAACCAAAGGUUUUAGUGAACCAGUGAAGAAAGCUAUAGAUGAUAUGCAUGCCCAGGAAGCCCUCACUUCACCACCAGUGGAAGAUGGACAGCAAGCUAAGACUUCUAUUGAAGCUAUUUCCAAAGUACUGCCAAAGUCAAAUACAUUUCUGCGUAAUGUUGGAAUUCAGCAGCCUGCUGCCAAGACACCAAAUGUGGUGAAAGACCUCCAAACUGAACUGGAUGCAAAGAAGCUAGAAUCUGCACGACUUCAGCAGGAGCUUGAAAGAUUGAAGGCACAGGCACAGGAAUCUGAUGCAAAAGUGGACAAACAAGCUGAGGAGAUUGCGAGCCUGAGGAAGAUGGCAGCAGAAAAUCAGAGCCUCCUUCGCCAAAUGAUAGCAUUUGGGCAGAGUCAGAUUGCUCCUCCCUAAGCUAGCUGAUCCUCAGGAAUUUGGUGGCUUAACAUGGAUUUUGAAGGCUGGUAAUUUUAGUGUAGUUGUUGAACUUGGAGGCUGUGAUCCCUUUUGUGCUGCUGCUGAAUGUGUGCCAUAGUGGAUUUUGGUGCAUACUGGUACUUCAGCGCAUGAUAUUUUGGUUGCUGGAAUCUGCUGCUGGCUGCUUCUGUGUGGCGGCUACUUUGUGUAGCAGUUGAACUUGAAGAUGGCUGGUUGACUCUUGUUAGGUGCCUAUUAGUUCUGUGUAGUGGUUGGAAUGUGGAUGGAAGCCUGGAAUGUGGCUGGAAUGUCUUUUGGAUAUGUAAUAUGUAUUCUGGAGUUGAUAUUGUAUGACUGAAUUGAUUAUUACAUUAUGGCUGGAAAGUAUUUUGUUGCAUGGGUAACAUGCUUUAUAACUGAGCAA